AUGAACAAUUUAAACGAUGUCAAAACAUCCGUCACUAAUAUCGAUAAUAAUCGAUCUUACACCAUUAGCGGAGUACAGGUAGAAUUUCCGUACAAAGCAUAUCCUUCACAACUCUCCAUGAUGUCAAAGAUAAUCCAAGGAUUGCAGCAGAGAAAACAUUGUUUGCUGGAAAGCCCUACUGGCAGUGGUAAAAGCUUAGCUUUACUAUGCUCUGCUUUGGCAUGGCAGGCCCAUGAAUAUGAGGCUAUUGUGCUGUACUAUCACAAUUCUCUUGACCACCGUUUUGAUGUCUUUCAUGUUAUUUUACAUCUUUCCUUCACACUACACAAAGAAAUCACAUCCCUAGUCACCUCUUGCAAUACUGAAUCUAAUACUACGUCAAAUACUGCUGAACUGGAAAAUAAAAAUUUAUCUAAAAGUAAAGAAAGGAAAACAUCGAGUACUUGUAUUUCUGAUAAGAUUGAUCUGACUCGUGAUAUCGACGAUGAAGACGAUUUUAUGCCUGAUAAGAAAAGAUUUCGCCCACCGACUGAUUCUAGGGUAGGUCGAUGUACCUCUAAUUUGCUCGAUGACAAAGCGCAAUCACAAGUGGAGGCUUCUACUGCCACGGAAAUCACAUCGAGCUCGAAGAAAUCAAUUCCGAAAAGUUACACGCCUAGGUACAUGGACAUAUUUCAUUUCAUUUUAAUAACUUUUAAACGUUGUGACUUUGCUGGUAACGUCCUCGUAUUGUUACGCAGUGUUCCAAAGAUUUUCUUUGGCACAAGAACACAUAAGCAAAUAGCUCAAAUUAUCAGAGAGCUUAAGAAAACGGCAUACAGAAAUGUCAAAAUGACAAUAUUAUCAAGUCGUGAUUUUACUUGCAUCCAUCCGAAGAUAUCCAAAUCUUCAUCAAAAAAUGACGAUUGCCGUUUAGCUAUUGAGGUAGGAUCUUGUGUUUACCACCAUAACGUACCCAGACUCAAAAGCCAUCAAGCACUGGAAGCUAGAGGUAUUAAUUCCGCUUGGGAUAUAGAAGAGUUUGUGCAAGUAUGCAACAAGUCAAAGGCUUGUCCUUAUUACGCUGCACGGGGCUUAAUAGAUCAAUCAGAAAUUAUAUUUUGUCCAUAUAAUUACUUAAUUGAAUCUUCGAUUCGGGAUCUAAUGGAUAUAACACUAAGAAAUCAAAUUGUAAUAUUGGAUGAAGCUCAUAAUAUUGAAGAUAGUGCAAGAGAGGCUACUAGCUUUGAAAUUACGGCAUUAACUCUCAAAGAGAUGAUUGAUGAUUUAAAUUUUUUAAUCGAACGGGAUAUACUUACGGGUCACCAUGGACCUAUACACGCAAUGUGUCACAAGUUAUGGUUAUGGAUAAAUGAUGAAUCGCAUUCUCUAAAAAAUACCGGGUUUGAACAAGCAUCAAAAGUUUGGUCUGCGAUCGAGAUUUUGGCUAUAUUUGAACGUAUGGAUAUAUCUGUUGAAACAUACCCAACCAUACAAGUAUAUAGAUAUAAUAAAGGAUUAAAUCUCACAGUAAUGCAUAUACCUAUUUUAAGAAUUGAAACAGGCGUUGUCCUGGCGGCUUCUGGAAAGACUCUUCUCUAUUUAAAGGGUAUGAUGCUUGUCUUUGGAUAUCUUUUACGGACCGACAAAAAAUACUGUACGGAUUACAAGUUAAUGCUGCAAAUUAUUCAAUCACUGAUCUUCGGUUACAUGAUCAUUUUUUACAGAAUCACCCUCGUUAAAAGCGUCGUAAAUAUUCCUGUAGAAGCGACGAGGAAACAGUGGACAUAUUCCCUGAACUUCUGGUGUAUGAAUCCAGCCGUAGCGUUCGACGACAUUGGACCUGCUGCUCAUUCCGUUAUAUUAACUUCCGGCACUUUAUCACCGAUGAAUUCGUUCUCGAGCGAACUUGGCCUAGCUUUUUCGAUUCGUCUGGAAGCUGCACAUAUAAUAAAUUAUUCUCAAGCUUUAGUGGCUACAUUGUCGGAGGGAAUUAAUGGUGUAUCCCUAAAUGCCUCGUACAGAUCAGCAGAGACAUUUGCAUUUCAAGAUGAACUCGGCAAUAUCAUUUUGGAAGCGUGCAGGAUUAUUCCAGGUGGGAUACUAUGCUUUUUUCCCUCAUACAACUUGUUGGACAAAGUGGUUAAGAGAUGGCAGAAUACGGAUACUUGGAAUUCAUUAAAUGCCGUAAAAAUAGUAAUUGCUGAGCCUAGAGGCGGUAACAAAUCAGAUUUUGACGAUCUCUUACAAAAAUUUUACGAUUCAGUUACUGCUUUAAAUAUGAUGUCUGGUCCAUCCGGAGGACUGUUUUUAGCUGUCUGUAGAGGAAAAGUUAGCGAAGGAUUAGAUUUUGCUGAUGAUAACGCUAGAGCAGUAAUAACAGUCGGGAUUCCAUAUCCCAAUAUCAAAGACUUAAAAAUUGAAUUAAAAAAAAAAUAUAAUGACAAGUUCAGUGCGCAAAGAAAUUUAUUAACUGGUAAGGAAUGGUAUGAAAUUCAAGCAUAUCGAGCUCUUAAUCAGGCGUUAGGUCGUUGUAUAAGAAAUCGGAACGAUUGGGGAGCAUUGUUAUUGUUGGAUGACCGCUUUGGAAAAUCAACAAAAUAUACCGCUGGAUUAGCCAAGUGGGUGCGGCAGAGAGUCCAACAUUUCAGUCUUGCUUCGGAUACUUUAGCAACUUUAUCGUCAUUUGUUUCUGGGAGGAUUGAAAGUUGCGAAACUCCUUUAUCAUCUAAGUUUGUUGUAGUUAAGGUUUUAUUCGUCUAUAUAUAUAUUAGUAAAGCCAUAAAUAUAACUUAUUGGCGUUACGCUUACUUUAUCAGUACUCAAGAAUCAGUCUCGAAAUACCUUACACCUGAAAAGAAAAUGUCAAUACUAACUUCUCCUGAGUGCACCAAAAGCCCCUUAAUGGUAGACUUAAGCUCUCCCGUAAGCAAGCCAAAUUUAAAUUUAUGCACAGGAUUUGUCUCUGCUAGGAAGCUGGUCGCCGGUAUGAACUUAAUUUUGAACUAA